UUUUUCAUAUUCUAAUAAAAUAAUAAUCGCCGAUUAAUUACCCUUUAUAACAAUCAACAAAAACCCAGUCCUCUUCCAGCCUCAGAAACCUCUUCUCGAGUCCGAAAACCAAAUCAACGAAGAACGCUCAAAAAACCCAAGCGCUAUCGUCGUAAAAUUAGUUUUGAGUGGGGGGUUUUUUUUCCUUCCUUUUUGGAUGGGCCAGUCGUCUUCGACCGUCGGGGCUCCGACGGACCUGAAUCGCCGUGAAUUCUUCCCGAGCAAUCGUUUUAACUUCCGAUCUUCGGCUGUUGUUCCGGAGUUUGAGCCCAAUGAAGAGUUUGCCGAGGCUGACUUCGUGGAAAACGUCGUCGCUGGGCUUGACUACACCGCCGAUCUUCCCGAUGAGUGCUUGGCCAGCAUUUUUCAAUUCCUCGGAUCCGGUGACCGGAAACGCUGCUCGCUCGUCUGCCACAGGUGGUUCCGAGUCGACGGUCAGAGCCGCCAUCGUCUCUCGCUUAACGCUCAAGCUGAGAUACUCUCUAUCCUUCCCUCUCUGUUCGCUCGCUUCGACUCCGUUACCAAACUUGCUCUCCGAUGCGAUCGCAAGUCGAUCAGUAUAGACGACGACACUUUCGUCUUAAUCUCGCUUCGGUGCCCGGGCUUGACACGCCUCAAACUCCGCGGCUGUCGGGAGCUCUCAGACCGAGGGAUGGAACUGUUCGCUCAGAACUGCAAGGGUUUAAAGAAGCUCUCCUGCGGCUCGUGUAUGUUCGGAGCUGGAGCCAUGAACGCAGUCCUCGACCACUGCACAGCUCUCGAGGAGCUUUCCGUCAAGCGGCUUCGAGGCCUCCACGACGCUGCCGAUCCAAUCGGCCCCGGAGCCGCUGCUUCUUCCCUGAAAUCCAUCUGCUUGAAGGAUUUAAUUAAUGGUCAGUGCUUCGGACCCCUCAUAAUCGGCUCCAAAAAGCUCAGAGCUUUGAAGCUCAUUCGCUGCUAUGGUGAGUGGGAUAAGGUUCUCGGCAUGUUAGGAAAUUUCAACCCUGGUUUAAUCGAAAUCCACCUCGAGAGGGUUCAAGUUGGUGAUGUAGGGCUUUAUUCCAUUUCAAAUUGUUCAAAUUUGGAGAUUUUGCACAUUAUGAAGACUACGGAAUGUACGAACUUCGGGCUCGUGUGCGUUGCUGAACGCUGCAGGCUCUUAAGGAAGCUUCACAUUGAUGGUUGGAGAACUAACAGGAUUGGUGAUGAGGGUUUAAUGGCAAUAGCUAACCGAUGCCCCAAUUUACAAGAACUUUGUCUGAUUGGAAUGAACCCCACGUCUUUGAGCUUGGCGCCGAUAGCUACCAAUUGCCCAAAAUUGGAGAGAUUAGCACUCUGCGGGAGUGCCACCGUUGGCGAUCCCGAGAUGGCGUGCAUUGCCACAAAAUGCGUGGCUUUGAAGAAGCUGUGUAUUAAGGGCUGUCCCAUUUCAGAUGAGGGUGUUGAAGCGCUUGCUUUGGGAUGUCCCAGUUUGGUGAAGGUAAAGGUCAAGAAGUGUAGGGGAGUAGGUGGCGAAGUUGUGGAGCGGUUGCGAGAACGCAGAGGGUCAUUGGUUGUGGUUCUGGAUGCUACUGAAAUUGAGCCAUUAGAUGGUAGUGGUAGCGAGGUUGGAGUUCAAGAGAGUGGCAUGGAGUUCCCACCAAUUGGUAAUCAGAUAACCGAUGCUUCAUCGAGUUUUAAUGGCCGGUUGACAACUAUGUUCAGGACAAAGUUUGGAUUCUUUGCUAGUAGGAAUCUUGUGGCAUGCACCUUCAGGAGGUGGUCAAACGGUGAUGAUAGUUUCAAUGGUUCAUGAUGGACAUUGUAAGAGUUGGCAGAUUUGUUCUUGCUCUUUAUCACUAUCACACAGAGAUCUUGAUAUGAUUGCGUUGUGUUUAAUGCCCGUUAGUGGCUUGUGUUAUUUAUUUUUAUCUUCCCUUGUCGAAGUGUAUUAGCAAUAGAAUGGCUGCAAAAAAUGUAGGCCUGGGAAAGAUCUCUUCUUGCUCCUGCUUAACAAUAUUUGCACUUUUGUUAUAAUAUUUUCUGUUCACUAAGCA